CGUCCAUGAAAGUAGCAGUAGAGAACAAGAAGGAAAGAAGAAAUUUCAACCUGUACUUGUGACUUGCGUAUGACGUCACGCAAAUAGCAGUGUGUUGUGCGGUGGUUAUGCAUUAUUCUAUUUGAGUUGUUGGGCCGCCAUAUAAAACGCUAGUAGUGCGUGCAAAAAAAAAAAAAACAAAUUUUUUUUAAACAGUGCGUUACAAGUGAAUAAUGUGACAAAGGAAACUCGCGUAUGACUCUCUCCACCUUUACGUCUCUGUUGUCGAGAGAAGCAUUCUCAUCCUGUGUUAAAACUCCUCGUGCAGCCGGCUGCCUUUCACAGGAACGUAAUAAUAAUAAAAAAAAAUAAUAAAUAAAGACAGCGUGCUCACCCCUAUAGGAUUAUAUCAACACUCCGGCGUUGAAAAAUAUUAAAUCCACUUUAGUUGAAAAUUCGUAACGCGCCUUUUUUUUUUUUAUAUUCUUCGCGGCUUCAAAUUUAUUACACCGAACUUUUUCGCGUUCGAGAUGGCCGGUAAGUAGCAGCUACGCAAAAACCGGAGUCUGAAUUCACUUUUUUUUCUUUUCCUCCCCGAGAAACGGAAAGUUACGCGUCAGGUGUCAACGUUUUUCUUCUUGAUCACCAUUAUUUUAUUUCUAUUGCUAAAUCUAUUUGCUUGUCUGAAUUUUUGACUCCCAAACUACUGCGGCAUUACGAACCUUGACCUAAUUUUAUAUACGGACCGUCUGUCUUCUAUUGGUGUAUUUCGCGCUAUUACACUUCCGGAUACUCUAAUUCCGCAUCCUCAUCAAAAGGCGCUUCGUCUGAUUACAUACAUAUAUAUAUAUAUAUUCUUAACGUCGUAACGAGACAGACGAGUGACUACUUUAGUGCUAUAUUGUAGUGAAAAUUUCACAACGCCGGAUCCAACAAUUUAUAUUCUACUCCCCCAAUUAUUCCUCUUUCCAGUUUUUACUUGUUCACCUCCGCAAAACCGGGGGCAGAUGUACCCUAAGAACUUGUUGGCGGUCUAAAGACACGAUGGAUUGCGGCGAAACUUCAAGUAAUGGUGAUAUCCAAUGGUGUUUCUCUCAAGUAAAGGGAACCUUGGAAGAUGAUGUCACUGAAGCUGACAUUAUUUCGUGUGUUGAAUUUAACCACGAUGGAGACCUUCUUGCAACGGGAGACAAGGGUGGACGAGUAGUUAUUUUUCAGAGGGACCCAAUUAGUAAAAAUAGCAUCCCUCGAAGAGGUGAAUACAAUGUGUACAGCACUUUCCAAAGUCACGAGCCUGAAUUUGACUAUUUAAAAUCGUUAGAAAUAGAAGAAAAAAUUAAUAAAAUCAGAUGGUUAAAGAGAAAAAAUCCAGCUCAUUUUUUGCUUUCUACAAAUGACAAGACCAUCAAAUUAUGGAAAGUUUCUGAACGUGAUAAAAAAGUCGAAGGCUACAAUACUAAGGAGGAAAAUGGCUCUAUUCGUGAUCCCGCCUGCAUUACUGCCUUGAGGGUACCUUCGAUUAAACCAAUGGAAUUGAUGGUCGAGGCAUCUCCAAGGAGAAUAUUUGCUAAUGCGCACACUUACCAUAUAAACAGUAUAAGCGUCAACAGUGACCAAGAAACAUACCUCAGUGCCGACGACCUUAGAAUUAAUCUCUGGCAUCUGGAAAUUACUGACCAGAGUUUUAAUAUCGUAGAUAUUAAGCCAACGAAUAUGGAGGAACUUACGGAAGUGAUAACAGCUGCUGAAUUUCACCCAGUUGAAUGCAACCUUCUAGUUUAUAGUAGCAGUAAGGGUACAAUCCGCUUGUGUGACAUGAGAUCAGCUGCGCUUUGCGAUCGUCACAGUAAGUUAUUCGAAGAACCAGAAGAUCCGACAAAUAGGAGUUUUUUCUCCGAAAUAAUUUCGAGUAUAAGUGACGUUAAACUCAGUAAUUCCGGCCGUUAUAUGAUUAGUAGGGAUUAUCUGAGUGUUAAAGUGUGGGACUUGCAUAUGGAAACAAGGCCCAUUGAAUGUUAUCCCGUUCACGAGUACCUGAGAUCGAAGUUGUGCUCAUUAUAUGAAAAUGACUGUAUUUUUGACAAAUUCGAGUGCUGUUGGAGUGGUAAUGAUUCUGCUAUUAUGACUGGUUCUUAUAAUAACUUCUUCCGAGUUUUUGAUCGUACAACAAAACGAGAUCUUACUUUGGAAGCAGCGCGUGACAUCGCAAAGCCAAAAACACUUCUAAAGCCCCGAAAGGUCUGCACUGGUGGUAAGCGAAAGAAAGACGAGAUCAGCGUCGACUGCCUCGAUUUUAAUAAGAAAAUAUUGCACACUGCGUGGCAUCCUUCCGAAAAUGUGGUUGCUGUUGCGGCUACUAAUAAUCUAUUUCUAUUCCAAGAUAAGCUUUAGCACAUCUGUAUGCAGAUAGUACAACGGUAUAUAUUGACGUAAGCAUGGCACCGCAAAGCCACAAGCUUCGGAUGGAGCAACGAGUGUUAUAGCAUGAUUGAUAAUAGGACAAAAGACAACAACAACAUCAACAACAACAACAACAACAAUAAUGUACUCCAAAAAAAAAAAAAAAAAUUCAAAAAAAAAAAUGCAAAAAAAUUAAAAAUUCCAAAAAAAAUGUUGACGGACUGAAAAGACGUGUAUGUAAGAAAAGCGCACUCUGUCUGAGAAACAACAUUUCAUCUCUCAUCAAUUAUUAUUCGCGUCAAUUCGAAAUACGCGAUUCUCAUUCAUCACAGACAAAACAUUACAUGCUCGCACAGAAAAUAAUUUACCGCGUGAAUACUUGUACAUAAAAAAAAGAAGAAAAAAUGCAUACGAAUCCAAAUACAUCAAUAAAGAUUCUAUCAAAAAAAAAAAAAAUCGUUUGUACAGAGACACUAAAAUUACAACAACAACAACAACAACAACAACGGGUGAUAUUUCCAGAGAAAUUAACAUAUAUCUCUGAUUAAUUGGUCUCAUGUUUGCAAACUCAACAUCUAAUGAAUUCAAUAAUCGCGAUUCCAUUAUCCUAAAAUCGCAAAUUUUCAAAUUUGGAAAAUUUGUACUCGAGAUUUUUCUAAUGCAAACAAUUAACGUUUCUCUCGUCGGUGAAACUUUUCAUAUUCGUAAAAUAAAAAAUAAUUUUCAGUAACGAAACAAUAAGGAAAUGUAAAUUUCAAAAAAAAAUAAUAAUAAUGGUGUAAUUAAUUCGAUUGACUGAUUGAACGUUUAUAAAAUUACACAUACAGCCGCCUAAUUCAAGAUAAGAACGAAAAUGCUAAAAUCAAAAUCGCUUAAAUUAUACUAAAAAAAAAAAAGAAAGGUUAUGACAAAUUUAAACAAAAAAUUGAUUUUUCAAAUUUGUUUAAUAAAAUAUGAAAAAAAAAGAAUAUUGUUCUUAUGUAACGCAACAUUAAUGUCCACAAGUCAUUAUCAUUUCAUUAUUAUUGAUGAGAUUGUAAAAUGAAUUUUAUUUUCUUGUAUAGAUUAAUCUUAAGGCCAUGUGGGGGAAAAAAAAAUACAUUUUUUGACAACUCUCAAAUUUUCUCUGAAAUGAAAAUAAAUUUGAAGGUUGACAUUUUUUUUUUUUAGGAAUUUAUAGAGAAGGGUACAAGGAACAUCGCUCUUUUAUACUCAUUUUCUAUAACUUUACGCAAAAACUGAUUAAAAAAAAAAAUAAAGCACUAAAUAGUAUAAACUUUCUUUCCUAAUUCAAUAUUUCUCAAUGAAGCUGCCAUUUUCGUUUAAAAAUAUGACUUUUUAAACUUAUUUUUUUUUAACGCAAAAUUAAUUUUUUUUUUCAGAAGCGAUAUACCCUUCUCUAUAAUUCCAAAAAAAAAAAUGUUCAACCCCAAAUAUUUUCUCGUUUUAAAAAAAGUUUUGUUUUUAUCAAAACACAAUUUUCCCAUUCUAAAUCAUGUGGAAAUUUUCCACAUGGCCUUAACUUCCUUCUUGCGAGUCUGAUUCAUGUACAACAUGUAUUGGGUCAGAAUUUUCAGACGUUUUUAUAUUAUGAUUUUGAAUUUAUUACAUAUACCAUUGAAUAUUAUACUUACAUAUACACACACACAUAUAUAUAUAUAUACAUAUACAAGGCCUACAAUUUAUUUUUAUUUUUAUUUUUAUAAUAAAAAAAAAAUUUACCUCUACAAAUAAUAAUGUUAACCGAGCCGUUUGCUAGAAAUUUUCGAGAGAAAAAAAAAACAAAUGUUCAACGAUUAAAUCCGUAAAAAAAAUUUUUUUCUUUUAAAUUUACUUUCGCAUGUUAUUAAAAAAAAGGCAUUUUUAAAUAGGUUCGAUUUCCUUGCAUUUUUAUUCCUUUGCAAAUAAUUCCCCGUAUAAAUUUAUGUCAAAUUUUUUUUUUUUUUGACUUAAUGCGCUAGGAGUAAAAUAAGUAAGCUGGACUUGCGUAUAAUGUAGAACUGCAUUAAAAAAACAAACAAAUAAAUCAUUUUAGGUAAUUGAAA